CGAUACCGCUAUCAAGAUGACCGCCGCGAAGGACGAUCUGACGGAGAGCGUGACCGAAACAGAGAUGGAGAGAGAGACCGUUUUGAUGGAGGACGUGUACAAGGUCGCGGAUACUCGCAUGGAGACUCAGUCCGCCGAUUUGUUCCUGUUUGUUACAGUUGCGACGAAUCGGGGCAUUAUAAAAACCAAUGCCCGUGACGAGUGGGCGAAAGCAGCCUUGGUGCUGGCGGUCAAUGAGGACGAUCUCUUUCCCCAAAUCAACAUGCGAGAGCUGGUAUACGGAGGUCUGCAUCAGAAGAGUCGGUCAUCACGAAGGAACUGGAAGAACUCAAGAGUAUGUUGGCGAACGUGAAGGCUUACAUCGACGCAGAACAAGCCCGUAAGGAUGAAGCGGAACGGGCGAAGAAGGAGAAAGAGCUUCGCAAACAAGAACAAAGAGAAUGUGAGCAGAAGGAGGAGGAAGAACGUCAACUCAAGGCAAGGCGCGCUAAGAAGAAAGAAGAGAAGAAGCGGAGUGAACUGAAAGCAAGAAAAGCGAUGCGCAAAGGCCUAAGGAUGAAGAUUAAGAAGCACGUGAGUAGAGUAGCAGAGGAGAUGAAAGAGAUUCUGCUACAAUCGAUACUUACGUCUAAAGGGAAAGCACAAGUGUCGUCGCCUGAGGCAUCUGAAGAGGAACUCGAUGAAAGUGAUGUCGACGCUCUUAGUGCGCAAGCGGAGCAUCUCAACAUUCAAGAGAAGCGGAAACGCAGUGCUGAGAAGGAGAUUGGCGACAGCCCGUCGAUGAUGACACAGGGCCAGACGACACGCGAAGCAAAGCAAACUACAUCCUAAAUGCCUUGUGCUUAGUUGUCGCCAUCGCCCGUUGAAGAAAUCACCAAGAGGCGUUACACCCGUU